UGCAUCUUAACUUCACAUUAUCGUCCUUUGAGUUCUAAGGCACCGGCCAAAUACAUUUUUUUUUUCUUUCUGCUUUUGACAAAUUGAAAUGGCAACACAACCUGAAUUUGAGCAUCCAAAGAAGGCCUUCGGUUGGGCAGCUAGAGAUCCUUCUGGUGUUCUCUCCACUUUCAAUUUCUCCAGAAGGGAAACAGGUGAGAAAGAUGUGGCAUUCAAAGUGUUGUAUUGCGGAAUAUGCCACACAGACCUCCACAUGGCCAAGAACGGAUGGGGCACAUCCACCUAUCCAUUAGUUCCAGGGCACGAAAUUGUUGGUGUAGUGACUUUGGAUGGUAUUAUUGACACAAUUUCUGCUGAUCAUUCCCUCUUACCCCUAAUUGAUUUACUAAAAUCUCAUGGAAAGCUUGUAUUGGUUGGUGCCCCAGAGAAGCCUCUUGAGUUACCAGCAUGGCCUUUACUAGUGGGGAGAAAAAUGGUAGCUGGUAGUGGAAUGGGAGGAAUGAAGGAAACUCAAGAGAUGAUUGAUUUUGCUGCUAAACACAAUGUACAACCUGAUAUUGAAGUCAUACCUAUGGAUUAUGUCAACACAGCAAUGGAGCGUGUCCACAAAUCAGAUGUUAAAUAUCGAUUUGUGAUUGACAUUAGAAACACUCUUAAAACAAGCCCUUAAAUUUCAAUAAGUAAUAAGUAUAAGUAAUUAUCUACAUUUGAGAUCUUUCCAAAUAAACAUUUGCAAAGUUUUUACUUGUAAUAUUUCUAUUGUAAUAUGAUUGCUAUUGUUGGUUGAAAUUAUCUACAAGAUCAGAAAUCCAUUGAUU